UAUAAAUAUAAAAUUCAAUUAGUCAUGUUAUUAUGAGAUGGAUUCAACAACUGAUAAUUUGCUGCAUCCUGUUAUUUUGAUAUGACAUACUGAGUGUCAAAACAAUGAACAUUAUAGAACAUUAUAGAGUAGGGAGUUGUUACUGAUAGCAAACCACAGGCCUAUAUGUGAAAGACAUAUUCUGAAAUACUCUUCACAACGACGUGAUAGUGAGACUCUCUACGACAUCAAAAUACGUGAUAUUACGUCGUAAAUAAAUAAAUUAUAAUCAUCUUCUAAGAGACACAAAUAAUUUGUGAAUAAUCAUGAAUUUGAUUGAUUUAUUUAUAACGAUUAUUGUACUAUAUGUGAUGAUUAUUACAACACAACAAUCAUUGAUCGAUUGGGAUGGUAAUUCAAUUUGUCCAAAAACUGUAAGCCAUCAAGUUUCCAAACUAGUUCCAUACACAGAAACAUAUAAAAAAUUUUGGAGAUAUCGAACAAGAACCAACUACAAAUGGGAGUAUCACACUGAGUGGAUCUCGGAAGAUGCAUGUUGCAAUGGUUAUAAGGAACAAAGUGGUGAAUGUUGGCCUGUUUGUAAUGGAGGUGAUGGUUGUCAACAUGGAUUAUGUAUUCGUCCAAAUCAAUGUAAUUGCGACGUUGGCUAUAAACUUGUGACAGUCAAUCAAGAACAAAAAUGUUAUCCCGAGUGUUCAAACUGCAUCAAUGGACAGUGUACAGCGCCUAAUGUUUGUAAAUGCAAUGAUGGUUAUGAGAAAUCAUUAACAGGAUCAGAUGAAUGUCGUCCAAGUUGUAAACCUCGUUGUCCAUAUAUGUCAACAUGUCACGAGGGAAAUAAAUGCAUUUGUAUGCAUGGUUAUACACUUGCUAAUGUUACAGUAAAAUUAUUACCAGAUUCGGCAGAUUAUCGUUGCAAGCCUGUUUGUUCACCAGAAUGUGAUGAAAAUAGUUUUUGUUUGGCUCCUGGUGUUUGUAUGUGUAAUGCUGGCUAUGAAAAAAAACGUGUAAAUGGUAUUAAAUCAUCAAAUGAAUGUGUACCAUAUUGUGAAACUCCAUGUGGUGAUCAUAGCACUUGUACUAAACCUGAUUUUUGUGAAUGUAAUGCGGGCUAUGCUCCACUGAGUAAUAAAGAUGACGACGACCAACUUGCAUCUACAAAUAUAUCAGCAAACAAAUGUGUUCCAGUAUGUCUACCAUCAUGUGGAGAAUUUGGUCGUUGCCAAUCACCAAAUUCAUGUGUAUGCAACCAAGGAUAUAAUUUAAUACUCGGUCAUGAUAAUAAAACAUCACAAACAACAGUGACAUGUGAGCCACAGUGUGAUCCACCAUGUGGAAUUAGAGGUAGCUGUAUUGCACCACCAAGUAAAUGCUCUUGUGAAAUUGGCUGGAAAUUGAAACAUACUAUUGGUAAAAAUUUAAAAAAUAUAUCAUACUGUGAGCCACACUGUGAAUCAUGUCCAAAAUUUUCAGUUUGUACUAAACCAAAUGAGUGUGAAUGUCAUCAUGGUUAUGAAAAAAUAACUGAUAAUUUAAAUAUAACAAGUUGUCGUCCAGUAUGUGAUAAAAUGUGUAUCAAUGGAAUUUGUGAUACUCCAAAUGUUUGUAAAUGCAAUGAUGGAUAUAUUUUAGAUACUGAUGAUCCAUUUAAUUGUGAACCAAAUUGUGGUUUUCCAGGUUGUCAAGGAGGCCAUUGUACAGCUCCUCAAGUUUGUACAUGCAAUGAUAAAUAUCGUCCAUCAAAAAUUAAGAAUGUUUGUGAUCCAAUAUGUAGCCAGUGUGAUAAUGGUACAUGUAUUGCUCCAGAAUUGUGUAUUUGCAAUGAUGGUUUUGUUAAAAAUUCAACUGAUCAUUGUGAACCAAGCUGUGAUGACAAGUGUUUCAAUGGAACUUGCACAGCUCCAUUUACUUGUGAAUGUGAUCCAGGAUAUACAGCUUCAAAUUCAACAAAUUCAACAAGUAUGUGCCAGCCAUUUUGUCAAUCAGGCUGUCCAAAUGCAACUUGCAUUGGUCCAAAUGAAUGUCUUUGUAUUGAUGGUUUUAUAAGAAAUGAUAAUGGUGAUUGUAUACCAGACUGUAAUGAGCUGUGUAAAUUUAAUAAUUUAACUGUUGGAAAUUGCAUAGCACCAAAUCAAUGUACAUGUUAUUCUGGAUAUGUUUUUAAUAAUACAACUGAAAGUAGUGAACAAUGCCAGCCACUUUGUACAAAUUCUUGUGUCAAUGGACAAUGUAUUUCACCAGAAGUUUGCAAAUGUAAUGAUGGUUAUAUUCAAGAUAAUUUAAAUGGAAGUAUUUGCAAUCCAGUUUGUAAUAUAGACUGUGGUUAUGGUGACUGUCUUGGACCUGAUCAGUGUGUUUGUCACGAUGGUUUUAUUCAAAUGAAUAAUACAAAUUUUAAAAAUCAAACUGGUCCUUGUGUACAUCCAUGUCAACAUGAAUGUGGCUAUGGAAAAUGUAACACUGAUAAUCAAACUUGUGAGUGUGAUUAUGGCUGGACUGGUGAAUACUGUAAUACAACUAAAUUAUGUGGAUUAAUUCGUACUGAAAAUGAUAUUGAUUAUCAUAAAUGGUUUGCUGAUAAAAAUGAAAUGAAUGACACAGCCGGAUAUCUAGAAGCUGUUAAAUGGCAAGGACCAAUGUGUAAUGAAAUGUGUUAUUCUGAUGAUGUCAACAAUACAAAAAAAUGCUUUCAUUUAUCAACUGACGAGGAACAAUUUAAUAAUGCAACUUCAAUCAUUUGCUUUAUCAAUAAUGCUGCAAUAUGUAAUUUAAAACAAGUAUCUAUUAAUAAUCAACUAGCAUCAGGAGUUACUUUUGGAAUAAUUAUUUUUGUUGUUGGAAUUAUCAGUAUGAUUGGUGUAAUUCAUCUAAUCACAAGAAGACGUAAAAUACAAGAUUAUAAAUGUAAUCCACAAAUGGUAUCAGCAGAUUCAUCAAGUCGUGGAAAUUUAUUAAAACAAUCAGAAUUGGCUGAUUCACUUCUUCAAUUCGAUGAAAAUUCAUACCUUUAGAAAAAACAAAAGAAAAAAAAAUUAUUAAAAAUUUAAAAAAUCAAUGAUUUUUAAACUUAAAAUAUCUAAUUUUAUAAUUUAUAAAAAUAAAUAUUAAUAAGGUAAUAAAGAUUAAAUUUUUAAUUAAUAUUAAAUCUACAAUUUACUG